CCCCCCCUCCUGCCCCCUCCUACGUCCUGCGGAGCUGAAGCCAUGGCGGCGUGCCGGGGAUCCUCGUCCACUAAGUGGUUUCUAACCCGGGAGCAGCUCGACAACACCCCGUCCCGUCGGUGCGGGGUCGAACCGGACCGGGAGCUAUCAUAUCGGCAACAAGCGGCCACUCUGAUCCAGGACAUGGGCCAGAGACUCAACGUCUCCCAAUUAACUAUAAAUACAGCUAUUGUUUACAUGCAUAGGUUUUACAUCCACCACUCAUUCACCAAGUUCCACAGAAAUAUCAUAUCUCCAACGGCGUUAUUUUUGGCUGCGAAAGUGGAAGAGCAGCCGAGAAAGCUAGAGCAUGUGAUUAAAGUGUCACACGCGUGCCUAAACCCACAGGAAGCGCCGCUUGACUCCAAGAGUAACGCCUACCUCCAGCAAGCUCAAGAGCUGGUGCUUCUUGAAACCAUAGUGCUGCAGACCCUUGGCUUUGAAAUUACUAUUGAGCACCCACACACAGAUGUGGUGAAAUGUUCCCAGCUUGUGCGAGCAAGCAAGGAUCUGGCACAGACUUCCUAUUUCAUGGCUACCAACAGCCUCCACCUCACCACAUUCUGCCUUCAGUACAAGCCUACAGUGAUUGCAUGCGUGUGCAUCCACCUGGCGUGCAAGUGGUCCAACUGGGAGAUUCCCGUGUCCACGGAUAGGAAGCACUGGUGGGAGUACGUGGACACGACGGUCACCCUGGAGCUGUUGGACGAGCUGACCCACGAGUUUCUGCAGAUCCUGGAGAAGACGCCGAGCAGGUUAAAAAGAAUCAGGAACUGGAGGGCGACGCAAGCUGCCAAGAAGCCCAAGGGAGACGGCUCCGCCGACGGCUCCUUCUCCGGACCCUCCCUGGGAGAGUCCUCCCUGCUGGACACAUCCAUGGGCGCCUCCUCCUCCUCCUCCAACCCCUGCUUCCCUAAACCCAGCACCUCCUACCCCCUGUCCAUGACCAGCACGCCCCUCUCUGCGGACGGCCUGGCCGGCUCCUACGGCACCGGGGACUGGCCCCAUGCCAGCUACUCCGGCACCCCCCUGAAGCAGGAGCCCACGGAGCCGGCCCUGUCCCUGCCCUCCUCCUCCGCCGCCUCCUCGUCCUCUUCCACUGCCUCCCUUUUACCCCACCCGCCGUAUAGGACUGAUAAGGGGCCGGGCCCCACCCUGGUCAAACACGAACACAAAGGAGGGACCAGGCACCCGCCGCCGCCGACCGGCCUGCCCCCCAACCUCUCCGCCGCCUUCCCCCCGCCGCCCCUGGCCGUCUCCCCGCUGCUCACGCCCCAGGGCCAGAGGCUGUCCCUGGACAAGUACCGCGAGAAGCAUCGGGGCGCGGCGGAGGACUCCUCCCACUCUUCCGCCGGCCAACCGGAGCACAGGAAGCACCCGCCGGGCCCCGAGGCGCCGGCGAAGGCGAAGCACCAUUCCUCGUCGGCCUCGGGGCACGAGCGGCGCCACCACGGCGAGAAGCGCGACAAAGGCGGCGCGCACGGAUCGCUGAAGCUCCGCCUCCCCCUGCCGACGCCCACGCCCGGUAUAGGCGGUUCCCAAGGCAACCGGGAGGAGCUCAAAAUGAAGAUCAAGGUGGAGCGCCACAGCUCGUCGGACGAGAGCGUCGCGGCGGCGGCGGCGGUCGCCAACAGCAACAGCAGAAGUAAACAUUCCAGUCCGCUGGUGAGCAAGGAGAAGCACGCGCACCGCGGCGGUGAACACGGCCUCCAUCGCCACCAUCAGAAGCACGCCGGCCACGCGCACAGCGGCAACGGGAGCGGGCCCGCCGGAGCGGUCGCCACGGAGGCCGCCGCGAUGCUGCUGUCGUCGUCGUCUUCGUCGUCCCGCAAGAGGACGCACCCGGAGGCGGGCCACAACCAACACUCCUCCUCAUCCGGCUCCUCCAGAGCCAGCAAAAGCUCCAAAGGAGGGGGCGGCGCUGCAGGUGGGCUGUGGGCGUCCCAGCAGCUGCCGGCCGCUAGCGAGCCGACACACGAGGCGGGAGAGCAGAGACACUGAGCCUGGAGCUUGGCGACUGUAACCCCCGGCAACCGUAACCCUCACCGACCAGGCCGCCAGCCACAGGACCAUGCAAGGCACCCAGGACUUGCUACACCUUUUUUUCAGAAUAAGUCCCCCCCCCCCCCCCCCCCCACAGGAAGGAGAAACAUAAUUAAAAAUAAACAAUGAGAUGAUGGCAAACCUUUUGCUUCAAGGCAGAAAUUGAGUGGGGAAAAGAAAGAGGAAAUCUUUAUUGUGAAAGCGAUUGUUGGACUUCUCUGGUUUUUCAAAAGAGAAGAUGCAAAAAAAUCAACUAAAGAUAUACAAUGAAUUGAUGCUUCCAGAUCUUCUGAUCUCCGGGCCGGGAUGGUAAAUCCUGUCCACUACUCCAAGUAUGUGAAAUUGCUGCUUUGUUCCUCAUAGCCUGAAUGGAUGUGGGUGCGUUGGAGUGUGAGUGUUCAUUUUCCACAAACUGGGGACUGGUUUCACUAAAUAUGUGGGGUAAAGGUGAAAGUGUUAAUACUGGAAAGACAGAGUGACAUUUCUCCAUUCUUCACUUCUUCAAAUCUUCUUUGAAAUGUAUAAUUUAGUUGAUCAGCAUGACUGCAACUGUGAGGAACGUCGAGAACGUAAAGGUUCUGGGAAAAGUUCAGUUUGGUUUCCGCUUUUCCCAUUUAUUUUAUAUAUUUUUUAGUUUGUUGAAAUUGUUCUUUAUUUUUUAGUGUUGCCUUCGCUCAACUUCAUUCAGUUCUUUCCUCCUCACUUAUCAUAUUUUCUACUUAGAUACUGUACGUAUGCUCUGCAUGUUUCAACCUCCAAAGGGAUUUCAAAGCAGAACUGACUCGUGUUUACAGCGAUGGUGGAGAUAAGUGUACAUACGUUGUUGUAUGUUUAAAGACAAAUGUGUAUAAGAUGGAUAGAUAUAUCUACAAAAUGACUACUCAGGUUUGGAGCUGCUUGUAAGUAUAACAAGAUGUCUAUAUACCUUUAAAAAAAAAAAAAGCAUACUGUUGGAAUCAGGCGUUUGUCAGGCGAUUGCAGCAUUCCGCUGUCGUGUAUGUGUGCUUCCCAGAGCCUGUAGUUUAUUUCACGGCCUGAAGGGGGCGCCAAAUCCCCAGGGAAUCCCUCGGGCCACAUGGGCACAUCCAACACUUAUCUUGACACUUCGAUGCGAUGCAAUUUAUAUUUUCUUUUUUAAUCUCCAAGAAAACCUUAAGCUGAAUGCCAAAGGCCCUGCCUCAGAAUAAUGUUUAAAAUAUUUUGAUUAAUAGUGCUAUACAAGUUUACAUUUCCCUCUUGCUUUCAAGUGCAUUUAAAAAGAAAAAAAAAUGCUCACAUCAAUUGAGCCCUUUGCCUGUACAUUAGUGGUUAGAUUAGUGAAACCUAAACAGUGUGAACCAGGUCUAUGUGAUCUGUGUAUCAGUGUUAUUAUACAGUGACCGUAUGCAAACCCUAAUGAGACAAAAUCUUAUCAUUCACCUACCUGCACUGUAAAAAGAAAAGGUUCAUUUCUGGUCAUUAUUUCAUUUAUUACAAGUAAUAUCUCAGAAAAUAUUGUUUUCAAGUUGUUUUGCAUUUGUAGAUUUGUUUUGCUGAUGGCCUGAUUUAGCGAGAGGUUCAACUCUUGGUUGUUCCCUGGGGCAAGCGACUUGGCCACGGAAAAAUAAAAAGCUUUUUGAUAAAGCAAACGAAGUGCAGUAGACCUUUUUCGACAUUCAUUAUCCAACUUCAACCAUCUUUAAUUGAGUAAUACAAUCACACGGAAAA